AUUGCUGCCUUACCAAGUCAACAGGUGAAAUGUCUUUGAGCUAGUCCUAGAUUGCGCUUGUCCGUUCUUGCCUUUUGCCUCCACACUUUGUCUUCAGAGUCGUUAGGACAUCAAUCUCGUUGCUUCGAAGCUCUGGUGUAAUUAUGACGGGAGUAGAUAACUUCUGGUACGUCGCACAUAGAUCUCUUUUGGUUCAGGAGCACUUUUGCUGGAUUCAUUUAAAUCGCACCCCAAAGCGCCUUCGGUCUCUUACGGCCUACGUACGCCCCGGAAUCAGUUCUCGGAACCCUCAACCGGACGAACGCUACAGUGAGUACGCUGGGCGCGAUGGAUAUCGAGAAUCAAGAGGCUUUGAACAAAGCGCUUGACAAAACUGAUUCUCUCAUCGUUAUCGAUUUCCAUGCACAAUGGUGCGGGCCUUGCAAAACGAUCGCUCCAGAUUUUCACAAGUUGAAAGACGAAUUUUCCACAGUGGAUUUUUACCGGAUCGACGUUGACGGUUUUCCUGAUGCCGCAGAAAACUACAAGGUGUCUGCCAUGCCCACUUUUAUUCUCCUGAAGGGCAAGCAAGUGUUGGACACCGUCGUCGGCGCCAACAUCGAACAAGUCAGGAAUGCCAUUAAACGUCACCUGUAACUUUUGAUGAAUAGUCUGUUCUAUUGAUAAUGUGCACUUGUGUAACGUAACACAAUAACAACCAUUUGGACACUUC